GUGCCACCGGCUAGCUGUGUAUCUGAGACCACGCCCAGGAUAUCCCACUUGCUCCCGCUGGAGACGAAACACGCCGGCUCAAUCUCGCUUCGUCUCAGACAGGGUGCCCUAUCGACGACGCCAGGCCCGGGCUAUAUCGCCAUCGAUAACACAGACGUCGUCUCCUCGACGAGCUUGCUGAGAGGGCUUGGCAGCAUCACCUCACUCCACCCUCUGCCAACCCUCCGAGACGCUGCCCGGCCGUCGACGUCACCCCCAUCAUGGCCUACACGACCAAGUACCACGAGGACUCGGAUGCCGAUGACGAGUUCGAGCGCCAGGGCAUAUCUAGCCCGACCCUACCCGCCGAGUACGAGAGCUCCCCCACGAGCUCAGGCCCGCUGAGCACCGAACACACGCCCACCACCUUCACCCACUCACGCGACAGCAAGAGCAGCCCGACAGGGCACAUAAUGGAGUGGAACGAAGACCAGACGGCUGACUUCAUCGCGGACCUGGGCCUGGAGCAGUACUCGGAUACCUUUGCCAAUGAGGGCAUCACGGGCGACGUGCUGGCAGCGCUACAGCAUGCCGAGCUGAAGGAGCUGGGUGUCGGCAGUGUGGGUCAUCGCCUUACCAUACUAAAAGCUGUCUACGAGAUCAAGAUACGGCAGAAUGUGCCCAUGGACCCGGACGACUACGUCCCGCUGUCCGCGGAUACAUCAGCGCAGGAAGCGCCGCCAACCCAAGACGACUUCGCCAAGGUCAUUCGCGUAGUCCAGGCGCGCGACGAGCGCAUACAUACGGCUGAAUCGGAGCUGCGACAUCUCAGAGAAGACCUCAGCAGGGUCAUGGACGAGAACAAGCGGCUACGAGAGGAGAUUCUGCCACUCGUGCGCAUGCUCAAGGACAAUCAACCCCUACCCACUCCUCACGAGCACGCUGUCACAUCGCCACCUGCCACUCAAGAGAGAUCUGGUGGAAGCAGUCUGUCGCCAUCUCUCGGUGGCGGCCCGCAACUGUCGCCCAACUCCAUUGCGCAACCCUCCCCAACAUCCCCCGCAUACAACCAAGGACAAAGCCGCCAGUACAACCGCGAAAUACCUCGAAGCGCGCACGAUCACGACAGCAGCUCAGGGUGGAGUCAAAACAACACAUGGAACUCAGACUCGACUGCUGUGUCCGACCGUAAUCGCGAUCCCCGCGCUACGCCCGCACCACUGUCGUCACGACCGAUGCGAAACAACGCUGCACCAACGCCGAAUCCUGACGAUCGCGAUCGUGACCCACCACUCUCUGGUGGCUCAAGCUCAAUGAACGCCUCCACAUCCAAUCCCGCAUCCACCCCAUCUACGAAUCCGCAAGUCGAAAUAUUCAAGUCGUUCCGAGUGUCCAUCGACGAUCCGUGUCACAAGGUGCUGCCAGUUGCGCUCAAAAAAUACAACAUCACGGCAGACUGGCGGCAGUAUGCUUUGUACAUUGUACAUGGUGACCAAGAGCGAUGCCUGGGGCUCAACGAGAGGCCGCUGAUAUUGUUCAAACAACUUGACAAAGAAGGUCGGAAACCGAUGUUCAUGCUUAGAAAGCACGCAGCACCACAAGAAGGCCAUGUCAGCACCGUGGGUGGAAACGAUGUACGGCCGGUGAAUCCGCAGACAGAGAGCUUCGGAUGGGGCAACCAGAAUAGAGGGACACCGCUUCCUGGAGGUGUCUUGUAGACAGGCAUAACGCUACAGGAUAGAAAAAGAUUACUGCCUGGUAGAGUUUGACACUGUAAGACUAUGGGCGUCACUGAGAACGGCAUCAUGCGAUACUGCGGUCGAUCGAGCGACGCUGUUGUGGACGACGUCACCGCAGCAUGUAUGGAAGGAGGAACUGUUCUCUGAACAUCGCCUUACGAUCAGGGAUCAUACAAGAUGUCAUAUCUACAACAUCUUGCCUGGCGUGGAUGACGACAUUCGCUCAUCCAGCGCAAUUAGCGCACCCACAGCAUGAUCGGAGUUUCGGCGCAAUCACGGCCCUUGUACUAUUUACAUUCAUGCCUUGG